AUGGAUGCAUCAGCCGCAGUUAACGAUAGUCGCCGCAGGGACGAGCUAAAUGUAACUCUGCCAGAUUCUGCACGCGCCUCGCUCGAAUUUGAAGAAUCCCAAUGGGCGACAGGCUCAGUUCUGGACGACUCGUUCUACACUGUUCUCCCCAGCUCCAAGGAUGCCGCGCCUGGUACUUUAAUCAAGCUUGAACGGGAGGUCGACUCCACGCUCUUUACUAUCCCUCCGGCCACUGCGUUGUCACGCUUCAUCUUUCAAUCAAAAGCCCUCAAUGGCUCCGCUGUUCCGGUGUCAGGAUUCAUUCUGUGGCCGUACUCGCCUCGGAACCUGUCUGACGGCUUCUCAAUCGUCGCUUGGGCACAUGGCACAAGCGGCCUUUCUCCCAAUUGCGCACCUUCUCACCUGAAGCAUCUCUGGCAGCACUUUCUAGGCCCUUACCAGUCAGCUCUUCAAGGUUACGUUGUUAUCGCGGUAGACUAUGCUGGUCUUGGGGUAGAGAGAGAUGCUUCAGGGAAACGAAUUGUCCAUGAAUAUCUAGCCAGCCCAAGCCAUGCAAAUGACGUUUUCUACGGCGUGCAAGCGGCGAAAUCUGCGUUUCCGGAACUUUCUAACAAGUUUGUCAUCAUCGGUCAUUCCCAGGGAGGCGGUGCCGCUUGGGCUGCAGCCCAACGACAGGCCCUUGACCCUGUCGAAGGAUAUCUGGGAGCGGUUGCUGUGGCCCCAGUGACAGAUCCGCUGGCCGAGCCUGACCCGAUCCGGAGCUUCCUCGCAGUGGGCAUGAUUCCUGGGAUAGCUGCCACGUUUCCGGAGUUCCAGCCCGGGGACAUCUUGACUCCAGAGGGCGAAGAGCGUCUCGAUCUGAUACUUCAGGUCGGAGCGUGCACCACGACUACUCUCACACUUCUCGCGGGCGUUCAGCUACUCAAGCCUGAUUGGACAGCGAACAGAUACGUCCAGGAAUAUCAAAAACUGACGGUCAAUGGCGGCAAGAAGAUCGAAGGCCCUUUGCUUAUCAUGCACGGCGAGACCGAUACAAGCCUCAGCGUAGAGGUGAGCACGCAGGCUGUUAACGAGACCUUGGAACAAUUUCCCUCGUCACAACUUGAUUUUGUUCGUCUUCCCGGCAUCUCCCAUGUGCCUGCAUUAACCGCUUCCCAACGACUCUGGAUGGACUGGAUCGGCGACCGGUUCGCCGGCCUCGAGGUCCACCCGAGACACAACGGCACCAUUCUCACAUCAGCUCGACCUGUUUCCGCUUAUCAGCCGGAACUGAACUGGUAUAUCGAAAGGGCAACUCAGUUCUAUCAGACUCGCUAG